AUGCAGGCUCUGAAGAAGACGACUAACCUCACUGGAUUGGCUGUCGCCAAGGCUCCUCAUGAGUCUCUUAAAGCAGUUUAUAGCCGAAUUUUGACUGUUCUUAAAAUGAUGCCUGAAACAGCUGCAUACCGAAUUCAUACAGAGAAACUCGUUACCGAUCGACUUACUUUAGUUGAAAAGACACCUGUUGUUGCGGAGCUGGAAAAGAAAAUUGACUGUGGCCAAAUUGAAGAAGUUAUCGUUCAAGCUAACAGAGAAUAUGAGCUUGCCAAAAAUAUGCUGAAGUGGAAACCCUGGGAACCCCUUCUACAAGAAGCUCCACCAAAUCAGUGGAAAUGGCCUUUGUAA